GGUAAGUGUGUGCGGCUGGGGUUGGGUGCGGGACGGCGCGGCUCUAGCCUCUUCGUCCGACCCGGGCCUGUGGUGACCCCAGCGCGGACCGGCUCCGGAACCGGGCGCGAAGCAGGCGCGGAUCCCGGUCCAGGGCUGAUUGUGGAGUAGAGGCCAGGCACCCCAGGCUACGUCAUCAUAUUGAUGUAAAAGCCAUUUCCUGUGUCCUGUCCUGCCUGGAAGCCAUGGCUCUCAGGACCAGGGUAACUCAUGUGAGAUGAGAAAGAAAAGGCCACAGGACUUGAGGAGCAUUCUCAGCCUUUGACUGGAGCAUCGUGACUGAGAGAAGUCAGAGAAGAGUGGAUUUCCUCAGAACUGCAGAAAAUGAUCAAGUCACAGAUAUCGUUUGAGGAUGUGGCUGUGGAUUUCACACUGGAGGAGUGGCAGCUGCUUAAUCCCACUCAGAAGAACUUGUACAGAGAUGUGAUGUUGGAGAACUAUAGCAGCCUGGUUUUCCUGGGUUAUCAAAUUAUCAAACCCAAUGCAAUUUUCAAGCUGGAACAAGAAGACCCAUGGAUAUUAGAUGAAGAAAUCCUAAGUCAGAGCUUUCCAGAAGAAGUCUGGCUAGAUAAUAAUCUCAAAAUGUGGCACCAGGAUAAUCAAGACAAACUUGAAAGUUUGGAGAGAGCCCAUGAAUAUGACAUUUUUGGGAAAUUGUUUCAUUCAAGCAUUAACUUUGUUCAUUUAGGAAUGAGAUCUCAUAUAUGUGGCACAGGUGAAAAAAGUUUGAAACAUCCUUUUGAUUUUCUUAUUCCAAAAAAUAACAGUGAAAAAAAGAAACUUGAUGAGUUUAAUAAGAAAUUAUUAUUCUGUAUCAAACCUGAUAGAGCUUAUGGCGGAGUAAAAUACUCUGAUUGCAGUAAGUGUAGAAAAGUCAGCAGUAAAGAGCCAAGGCUUGUUUCAAACCAUACAGGAGUCUGUUUAUGCAUGGAAUGUGGCAAGGUUUUUAACAAAAAGUCACAGCUUAUUAUACAUCAGAGAACUCAUACAGGAGAGAAGCCCUAUGGGUGCCAUGACUGUGGGAAAGCCUUUUCACAGAAGUCAUUACUCACUAUUCAUCAGAGGACUCAUUCAGGAGAAAAACCAUAUGGGUGUGGUGAAUGUCAGAAAGCUUUCAGUAGGAAGUCACUGCUCAUUUUGCACCAGAGAACUCAUACAGGAGAGAAGCCCUAUGGAUGCAGUGAAUGUGGGAAAGCCUUCAGCAGGAAGUCACAGCUCAAAAGACAUCAGAUAACCCAUACAGUAGAGAAGCCCUAUGGCUGCAGUGACUGUGGAAAAGCUUUCUCCCAGAAAUUAAAACUCAUCACACAUCAGAGAACGCACACAGGAGAGAAACCCUAUAAAUGUAGUGAUUGUGGAAAAGCCUUCUUUUGGAAGUCACAGCUUAUUACUCAUCAGAGGAUCCAUACAGGGAAGAAACCUUAUGCAUGUAGUGAGUGUAAAAAAGCCUUCAGCAGGAACUCACUCCUCAUUAGGCAUCAGCGGAUUCAUACAGGGGAGAAACCCUAUGAAUGCAGUGAGUGUGGUGAAGCCUUCAUCAGAAAACCACAACUUGUCAAACAUCAAAUGACUCAUACAGGAGAGAAGAACUAUCAAUGCAGUAAUUGUGAGGAAGCCUUCUUUAAGAAGUCAGAACUAAUCAGACAUCAAAAAAUUCAUUUAGGAGAAAAACCCUAUGGAUGCAUUGAAUGUGGAAAAACCUUCUUUGGGAAGUCACAGCUCCUAACACAUCAGAGGACUCACACUGGAGAGAAACCUUAUGAAUGCAGCGCCUGUGGGAAAGCCUUCACCCAAAAGUCCAGCCUGAUAUCACAUCAGAGGACACACACAGGUGAGAAACCUUACAAAUGCAGUGAAUGUGGGAAAACCUUCAGUGAGAAGUCAAGUCUCAUUCACCAUCAGAGAACCCAUACUGGAGAGAAACCCUUCCAGUGUAGUGAAUGUAGGAAAGCUUUUGCCUGGAAGCCGCAGCUUCUUAGACAUCAGAGAAUUCAUACCGGGGAGAAACCCUAUGAAUGCACUGAGUGUGGGAAGGCAUUUGUUCAGAAAGUACAGCUCAUCAAGCAUCAGAGAAAUCAUACAGGAGAGAAAACCUAUGGGUGUGGUGACUGUGCAAAAGCUUUCUUUGAGAAGGCACAGCUUAUUAUACAUCAGAGAAUUCAUACAGGAGAGAGACCCUAUAAGUGUGGGGAAUGUGGGAAGUCUUUUACUAGAAAGUCACACCUCAUGAGGCACCAAAGGAUCCAUACAGGAGAUAAAUACUAUGGAUGCAGUGAAUGUGGGGUUACCUUCCACAGGAAGGCCCAGCUCCUGGUGCAUCAGAGAAGUCAUGUUCUGUAGACGUGGUAUGCAUGUAUGAGAGUGGGGACUAGGCCAUGAGGUGUCAGGCCUCUGCCUCCCCAAGGACACAGAAGAGAGAAGCCCUGUCAGUGCAAUGAGUGCCCUGCCAUACAGAAUUCAGAGAGAGGACUUUUUUUAAAAAGUGGCAAUAUAGGAAAGCCUUCUCCCAGGAAAAACAACUUAUUACAUAUUAAUGGUUCCUUAGCAUGGAUGUCUUAUCAGUAUUGAAAUAGUCCAGACCUUUCUAUCACAAGUGACAGGUUAUUAAAUAUUUAGAAGACCUGAACAGGAGAAAAACUAUUGUCAUAACAAAUGAGUAAAAGAUUUCAUCGAGGAAGGUUAACUCAGGGAGUUCCUGUUGUGGCUCAGUGGUUAACGAAUCUGAGUAGCAUCCA